AUGGCUCAGUACAUCAAUCGAACCAGCCUCCAUCAACUCUCCAGCCCCGCCUUCUCCUAUGGCCCCUUCUACCACGAAGACCCCAUCCGGGACACCACCUCCCUCCUCCUCCUCCAAUUCACGAUCGCCGUCCUCACCUCCCGCUUCCUCUACUUCCUCCUCAGCCCCCUCAGCCAACCUCGUAUCGUCUGCGACAUCAUGGGCGGUUUGAUUGGGGGUGGCCCGCAAGUUCUUCGCCUCCUUUCUUAUUUACGCAUUCCGGCGAUGAGCCAGAUGGCGGAUUCGUACCGGGAGACUCUGUUCCGGGACGACGUGAUAUCUUACACGCGCCUCCUGUCGGCCUACGGAAUGUCGGUCAAGUUCUUCUUGAUCGGGGUCAAGAUCGAUCCCACCCUCGCUUGGCGGUCGGGGAAGAAGGCCGCCAUCCUCGGCUUCUGCAGCAUGGUCAUACCUUUCCUCUUCCUCCUGGCGCUCCAGUAUCCUUUCCUGAGGAUGGUGCAACCCAAGGACAAUCACAAGCAAUUCAUCGAUGGCAUCGGCGAUAAGAGCAUCUUCUUCCACAUGGCGGCGACGGUAGCAGCCAGCUCCCCCCCGGUGAUCGCCGACGUCCUCACGGACCUGGGCCUGCUCAACACCGAGCUGGGCCGCAUCGCCAUCUCGGCGUCGAUGGUGAACGAGAUCACCCGGUGGCUCAUCUUCGCCGUUUACAAGGUGAUCAGCACGGCGAAGAAUCGUCACAGCUACCCGAAGGCGAUUAAGGAGGUGGUCGGCAUGGCCGCCUGCCUGAUCGCUCUGCUCUCGCUGGUACGUCCAUGGGCGCAGUGGAUCGUGCGGCAGACGCCCAAGGGCGGCCGCGUGGCGGAGUGGCACGUCCUGGUGAUUUUGCUGGCGGUGCUGGCCAUGGGCGCGCUGGGCGACGCGCUGGGGCUGGGAUUCCUGGACGCCCCCAUGGUCAUGGGGCUUCUCGUACCCGACGGCCCGCCGCUGGGGAUGGCGCUGGUGGAGCAGCUCGAGCUCUUCUCCACCGAGCUUCUGCUCCCACUUUUCUUCCUCGCCGUCGGCUACAUCACCACCAUAGACCGCAUUGUCGACUUCCGCAUGCUAGGGUUCAUGCUGCUGUACAUCUUAGCGGGCCACGUCGUGAAGACCCUCGUCUCCCUCGGAGCUUCCUUCUACUACAAGACUUCCAUUCACAAGGCCGCCAUUCUCGGGCUCAUGCUCAACUUCAAAGGCUUGGUGGAGCUCAUGGUCUACCUCGGAAUGAAGGGCGACAAGAAAUUUGCGACGCAAGGGUUUUUAACGAUGGUGGUCUCCAUCGUCCUGGCCACCGGCGUGAGCUCGUGGCUGGUGGCCGCCUUCUACGAUCCCUUGAACGCGCGGCACGCGGUGGGGUACAGGGCGCUGCAGCACCUCAACCCGGAGGAGAAGUUCAGCGCCGUGGCGACGAUGCUGAACGAGGACGCGGUGCCGGCGAUGAUCGACCUGUUUGAGGCGUCGUCGUCCGAGACGAUUGCGGGGCAGUGCUCGGCUUGCAUCCACGUGCUGCACCUGACGGAGAUGAGUGGCCGGUCCCACGCCGUCCUCGUCGCGCACAAGAACCGGAAGGGCGAGCUGGUGGGCACCAACCAGAUGGACCGCCUCCACAACGCCUUCCUCAACCACGAGAAGAGGAAGGAAGGGACCAUCGCCGUGUUCCCUUUCACGGCCAUCAGCCCCUACGCCACCAUGCACCAGGACAUCUGCUCCCUCGCCUUGGAAAAGGGCGUCCCCUUCGUCGUCGUCCAGUUUCCCAGGUGCGAUUCCGGAGCCAACACGGAGGUCGAAAAGGCCGCUCGGAGCAUCGUCCCCCAGGUCAUUUCGCAGGCUCCCUGCUCGGUCGGAAUCCUGAUCCACCACGGGCUGACCAGCACCAGGCCGCUUCUCUCCGACCUGUUCCUCUACUCCGUCAAGGUCUUCUUCUGGGGCGGCAACGACGACCGGGAGGCCCUCACCUACGCCGCGCGGAUGGCGCGGCACCCCGGCGUGCGCAUGCUGGUGACGCGGUUCCUGAUGCAGGGGGAGGAGGCGGCGGCGGAGGGAAAGGACUUGUCGUGGGACGACGUGAUCUUUAAGGAGUUCGUCAGGGAGACGGCGGGGAACGAGAGGGUCACGGUGGAGCAGGUGGCGCCGCAGGACAUCAACGAUACGGUGGAGGUGAUCAAGUCGAUCGGGAGCGAGUGCGACCUGGUGAUGGUGGGUAGGGUGCAGUGCGCGGAGUCGACGCUGGAGGAGAUGCUGGGGAAGUGGGUGGAGACGCCGGAACUCGGGGUGGUCGGCGAUAUGCUCGCCUCCAGCGAUUUUGCCAACUUCUCUUUCUCUGUUCUUGUUGUUCAUCAGCAUAGCUGA